UCGACCUCCUAUCUCCUUCCCCCCGCCCUCGGCCCGCCGUACGUCCGUCGCAGCUGUCGCGCGCGCCGAUUGGUCAGCGCCGAUCGAUCCGCGGUUCCAUCGCUGCCGAUUUUUGUUUGAAGCGCGCCGACUGAGUUCGCCAUGGGCGCGCUCUCGCUCAUCCUGAAGCACCCCGGGGACAUCCUCCCGCUGUACCGGGUGAAAUGCAUGGCGGACCAGGCGAAGAAGCUGCCGAAGGAACCCAACCUCCGGUUCUGCUACCACAUGCUCAACCUCGUGUCCAGGUCGUUCGCGAUCGUCAUCCAGCAGCUGCCGCACGAGCUGCAGGACGCGGUGUGCGUCUUCUACCUCGUGCUCCGCGCGCUGGACACCGUCGAGGACGACAUGAGCAUCCCGGAUAAGCCCAAGUGCGCGGAGCUGGAGAUAUUCUGGAAGAAGAUUUACGACCCGGAGUACGUCUACCCGUGCGGCGAGAAGCACUACAAAGUUCUCAUGGACGAGUACCCCAAGGUCACCGCGGUGUUCCUCUCGCUGAAGAAGGAGUACCAGGACGUCAUCGCCGAUAUCACCAAGCGAAUGGGCGCGGGGAUGAGCAACUUCAUCAAGCGCGAGGUCGUCACCCUGGAGGACUGGGACGAGUACUGCCACUACGUCGCCGGCUUGGUCGGCAUCGGCCUCUCGAACCUGUGGGCAAACUCCAUGCUCGAGGAUAAGCGAUUCGCGGAGAUGGAGGAUCUCUCCAACGCCAUGGGGCUCUUCCUCCAGAAGACUAACAUCAUCCGCGAUUACCUGGAGGACAUCAUGGAGGAGCCCGCGCCGAGGAUGUUCUGGCCCAAGUGCAUCUGGAGCAAGCACGGGAAGACGCUGGACGCGUUCAAGGAGCCCGAGAAUCGCGCCGCCGCCGUCGCGUGCAUGAACGAGCUCAUCACCAACGGUCUAACGCACGCGACCGAUUCCCUGGAGUACAUGACCCGCCUGAAGAACGUGGACGUCUUCAGGUUCUGCGCCAUCCCCCAGGUCAUGGCCAUCGCCACCAUGGCGGAGUGCUACGACAACGGCAAGGUGUUCGAGGGCGUCGUCAAGAUUCGCCGCGGGCUGAGCGCGAGGAUCAUGCUCGAGUGCGAAGAUAAGUUCGACGUCGCCGUCAUGUUCAAGCGAUACGCGCAGGCGAUCCGCGACAAGGUGCGGAAGGAGGAUCCGAGCGCGAAGAAAACCCUGAAGGAGCUCGAGGCGAUCGACAAGAGGUGCGACGAGAUCCUCGCCGCGGAUUUUGCCGGGUUCCACAGGAAGCACGAGCCCGACCUGAACAUCUACGGGCGAAUCUUUCUCGUGUUGCUCACCGUCGUGUACGCGCUCUACGCGUUCGGUUUGUACGGCGUGCGCGAGAAGAUAUCGGGGCUGCCCAUGCCGCACAGCGGGGUGUGGUGGGCGGAUAACCUCGAGAAGGGGGUGGCGACGGGUGCGCUGAGCACCGCGAUCUGGUUCCUCUUUGUCGGCCAGCUGGGCUAACACAAAUGCGGUGAUUCGUUUAACUUACAUGGUUGUCAUCGGUCGUCUAAACGUACUACU